AUGGAGCCGUUCCUGUUCCUGGCCGAGCUCCUGGAGUCAACCCCUACAUUGUCCUCCCGGGAAGGGGAACUAGACCUGGGUCUAGGCCUGGUGCUGCUCCGACCGUCACGAUCACCCUCACCUUUCGGCUCCCUCGCGUCGCUUCACGAAAAGGUUCCUUUUCUGCCCGACGAGGAAGAAGGAAAAGAGUCGUUUGAGUCAACUCAUGGGUUGCCUGAGAGGGAACCGCCAUCCCUGCCGCCCUCUCCGCCGUCCGAGCCGCCCCUUCCGUCCCAGCCUCCGCCUCCAUCGCUAGCGCGCGUGGUUACUCGAGCUCGUGAGGACGGAACCACGUCCUUAAAGAGUUCUAUAUUUAAUCUCUCGAACACGAUGAUUGGCGCGGGCAUGAUGGCAUUGCCUGCAGCUAUGAACGUCCUAGGAGUCGUGACCGGGAGUGCAGCGCUUAUCUUCGUGGCGUUAUUAACCUAUGGAUCCGUCAUGGCCAUGGUUCGCUGUACCGUCGCCGCUGCUGCUGCUUCUCCAUCCUCUUCUGAGGACCCUUCGCGGUUUCGGGAAUCUGACACGUCAAAUGACGCCGCGGGAGCAGCAGGAAGAGGCAGAGACGGCAAUCCCAGAGAGCUGGGAAGAAAAGCAAACGCUAGCAAUGGAGGGAAUUUCAGCGGUGUUGGCAGCCGCAGUUUCAGUAUGCGGGAUGAGGAGAAGCUGAGUUAUAACCACACUGUGGCUACGGCUCUGGGAAGCACGGGACGGCUGGUGCUGCAGUUGUCCAUUGUUGUCAACAACCUCGGCCUCAUGAUGGUGUUUCUUGAUAUUAUUGGGGAUGUGCUUGUAGGCAGCGCAACAGGACCUGGCGUUCUGCCACUGGAUCAGCUGCACUUGUCCCCAGACGUGGCCAGAAAGUCUAUCCUCUCUAUAGUCAUUCUCCUUAUUCUGCCUCUCUGCCUACAAGACAGACUCGGGUCCAUGAAGGUCGCGAGCAAGAUAUCAGUGGCCCUGGCAAUUGCCUUCGUGCUGCUCGUGCUGCUGCUGUCUGGAGGGAAGAUUGCAGCUGGUGCUGCCACCAUGCCACCUCUCUUUGCCACGUCUGGCAAUGCCCUUGCCGUUUUCAGCGUCAUCAACGUCGUCACCAACGCCUUCAUAUGCCAUUUCAAUGUGACCCCGCUUUACAGGGAACUCAGGGACCGCUCUCUCCCCUGCAUGCGCAUGCGCUGCUCGGUCAUCAUCACCACCCUCGUCUACCUCCCAUGGCCAAAUAUCUAUACUGUACCUUUCCAUUCCAUCCCACCAGUGACCCCUAUUUACAGGGAGCUAAGGGACCGCUCCCUCCCCCGCAUGCGCACGGUCGUGCGCUGCUCGGUCAUCAUCACCACCCUCGUCUACCUCGCAGUCGGCAUUUUCGGCCUCGUGCUCUUCGGCUCUGAUGUACACACAGACGUGCUCUACGAUUUCGACACAAGCUUGGAUGUCGUUCCAGGAAUGAGCCCCGUGAUCGCGGCUCAUGCGGUUGCGCUGGGGCAGGGGGUGAAGGUGGGGUAUGCGAUUUCCAGAGUGCUUUCGCUGCCUCUGGCACUGUUUCAGCUGCGGCUGGUUGUGGCGUCGCUGCUGUCGGCUUGUCUGGGAAGGAAAGGGAGAGGAGAGAGGGACGAGGGAAGAACCACAAGCAAUGGCAAAUCUGAAGCUGUAAAUGGGGAAGCUGGUUUCAGCAGCGGGCAGACAAAGGAGAGGACGAGGGUAAAUUCCCUGGAAUAUAUUCAAGUGGAUGGGAAUGAGGAUGGAGCGGAGGAGGUAGGAGAUGAGGAGGUGGGAGAAGAGAGGGACGGGGAGGAGACGGAGGAGGACGAGGAGGAAGGGGAGGAAGGGGAAGAGGAAGAGGAGGACGAGGAAGCAAGGCUUGAAGAGCUUCGACGGGCAGAAGAAAAGGCAACAAAAAGGCGGCGUUUUUGGCGUCAAGUCCGUUUCGUACUCCUUACAGUGUUCCUCCUCGUUUUAGCCUUCUGUGGCGCGGUGCUGGUGCCGGAUAUCUGGAUAGUGUUCCAGUUUAUGGGCUGCACAUGCUGA